UCGUUAAGUUUACACGUGUCUGCUACCACAUACUCUACGUUUCUUUUAUUCCUACACGAAGCCUUUUAUUCGUUUGAAGUAUUGCCAAUACGAGCCGUCGUGCGCGCAUGAGAUUCGAUUAUUUGUUUAGCGUAACCGAUGCGUACCGAAAAUGGCUUUUCCAAAAGAGUCUCUUUACCGAAAGCUAAAACAUCUACGAUCACUUUAUACACAUCCCGAUAACCCACAAAAGACUUUGCUCUUCACGAUCGCGUGUUAUCAUUGAUUUUAGGUAAAAUCACAGCUUCGAACGUAGCGUCAAUGUCCAGACGCAUAAACGGCAAAACGCUCAUAAAGUACAACUGUUCGCCGUAUCUGUUGUAAAAUUUGAAAUCCAUAUUCGCGAUGCAGUUGCCAAUGGCAUACACGCACAUGUAAUACGGCUGAACGUAAAUAUUAUUUUUCGAAUAUUUCGUUAUAGAAUGUUUGUACAAAUCCACUUCUCUGGCUACGUCUAUCUUGGUUAUUUUGGGCCUGGGUUUUAUGACGUGUCGCAACACUUGUUGCGAUAGAUAAAUACUAAGAUCCACGUUUCCGCGUCCGUGUUUGACGUUUUUAAUGAGAUCGUAGAAUUGUAAAAAAGCUGUGGGAGCGUCAAUUUUUGUACCGUAUACUAGUUUUACAUUUCUAGACGCUUGCAUGUAAUCCGGUAAUAAGUAAGACGUUACAUUCGACAAAAACGACAUGUACUGAAUCGUCCUGAGAUUGUGUAUUAUUAUUUGAUCGAUCGUUGAACAUUUUGAAAAUAUUUUAUCAUAAGUUUUCUUGUUGCGUAUACUAUUGAGAUGAUUCUUUUUACCGGACGCUUUCACGCAGUAUCGACCAUCGAUGUACGGAUCAUUUUUAACGUUUUCGGCGUUUAUUUUCGUGUCGUAUUCGUGCAUCAACGAAAUAAGACCGUAAAGAGUUAGGGUGUCGUUUACGUGUAUCUGUUUGAAAUUAUAAUUUUUAUAUUGCGGUAUUUUAUUGUUUGGUAAUAUUUCAUAAUUUCUAUCGUAACGUUCCAGAUAAAUCGUCGGUUUUAAAUCGCAAUCUAAAAUAUCAGAAUCAUCAUUAACAUCAUCAUUACUACUACUACCACCACUACCAUCACAAUUACGAUUAUUUGUAAUUUCAUUAAAAAAAUUCAUAGAUGCUUUUUGUCUAAUUCUCCACAAUUCUUCUUUUUUAAUAAAAUCCACUAUUAAAGUAUUUUGUUCGUUUAUAAUUUCUUUAUUAUUAUCGUUAUUGUCUUUUGAAUUUUUCAUUCUUUUCACUCGGUUGGUGAUGUUUAACAAUUCUUUUUCAACAUCGUCGUCGUCAUCAUCGGUAUUGCUGUGUCUAUCGGAACGCAAACUUCUUUUGACGCUCUUAUUAUAUUCUAUAUGAACAGACGACUCGUUUUUGGUAUUUUCAGUUUGACGUUGGUUCUCGAUCCGGUAGUUUGCGUUAUUGCUAUUUACCGUAAAAUUAUUACAAUAAUUUUUUUCACAGUCUUCAUCGUCGUUGUCGCUGUCGUUGUCUAUAGAAAACGUAUCGGAUUUAAUGUUUUUAACGAUAUUGUCUAGUAUAAAUAACAACGAAUAUAUGUCCGUUUGGUGAAACGAUCUAAUUAUUUCCCAUAAUAUAUAUUUCGACGGUUCGUAAUUCGUUAAAAGACACGACAAUCUAUUUAAAGUUAACGGUAUGUUUUUCUUAAAAUCACAAUUGUUGUCUUUGUCGACAAACAUCUCUAAAACCGACAUCGGUCAUGCCUCGGACUUUGAGUACUAUUUAAUUACGGAUUGUGAGUGCUACAAAAUGUAUACACCGAGGAAAAAUUUCAUAGAAAAUGUUUUAAAACGACGCGAUUCGUACAUGGCGUGUCUUGCUUACAAUUCCACGAACAAGAAACGCAAACGCAUAAAACACAGAUGCGUAUUCGUUAUAUUUGGAACGUAUCAAGAUUAUCUUAUACGCGGAGAACUCGAGGUUCGAGAAUCGCGUAUAUUAUGGGGAUCGUUCAUACGUUUGGGUAAUCUGGAGACAUACAAUAUAUUUUCCACUUUUAAUUCUUUAUCCACGCACGUCUACAGUACGGAUUUAAAUUUAAUUGUAGAAAUAUAUUUUUACGUCGACGACAAGGGUGUAGAAUUGAGAUACCAUAAAGGAGUGGUGCAUGUCGUAUACAACAAGCAAAAUUAUUACAGUAACGAUGAUCCCGCAACAUGGAUAUCUCUGUUGAAUCGAGCGAAUCCUUAUACGCGCGACAUUAGCGGAUCCGAGUAUAUAAAACUCUUCAACGCCAUGCUGUGUUACGAUUACGAUAUGAACGACUUGAAAAAUCGUCAAUUUUUAACCUACACCACUAUAUUAAACAGAGUAAUCUGUAGCGGUUUGUCCAAAAAGAAUAGCACAAUCACGAAUGUGCGAGAAUUAUUUGAAAAUGGAAAUAUUUUCAAUUUACUGAGCAAAAAAUCAGUGGUGAACAAUGAAACUGUGAAUAAAUCUUAUCCUCAGUCGUAUAGUAACAAUAUAGACAAUGGUCGUAGUAAUAAAAUUUGUGAUUUAAUAACUACCGUGAAAAGAACUAUGAACGAUGCUUUUAAAAAUUCGGAAGCUUUGCGUUUUCCCGAAGAUGGUAUCGGUAUAAUAUGCCCGAUCAGCGUGAAGGAUUUAAAAGACGCCGGCGAACAGAACGUAUUGGCGGAUUAUGUGUUAGUUAGCGAAAGCGAAAACGACUUGCAUGUUUACGAAUACUUGCAAUCCAUAUCGAUAAGUCCGGAGAAAUUGGAAAAUUUUAAAAUAUCCGCACUGAAGAAUGCAAUGUUGAAUAGAAAAUACGAACCUCCUGUAAAAAAAAUUAAAUUAUCAAAAGACGAUGUCUUACGCGAGGCUGUUGAAAACGUUGUACACGGCUGUGCUGGUAGUUAUAAUGAUGAUGAUGAUGAUGAUGAUAUAAAAAAUGACAACGACACCGACGACGGCACCGAAGAUUCGGAAGACGAGUACGAAGGGUAUAAAACAACACAUAAUAACACUAUCGAAGAUAAAAUGAAAAAAAUACCAGUAACGAUCGUUUUAAAUGAAUUUCUAUGCGGCAUUGUUGUUUUUUGGUCAUUCGAUGUUUUAUUGAGAAUAAAAAAGAGAUUUCCACACGCGACUACAUUAUAUUUUUAUCCAUACGUGUUUGUCAUUACAAAAUCUUGUAUACCUUUAAAAUACCACGAAGAUCACGACGCUUAUUUUUCCCCUGCCGAAAUAACCGAAUACAAACUGACUUUUCCGAGUGCUUCGAAUUAUAGUUACACGUGGAAACAUUUAAACCCCUGGGCGAGACACAUGAAUCCUUCCGCCAAAUCUACGGUCAGCAUUAACAAUAUAAAAGGAAGCGUGGCCAAUGUAGAAUCUCAAUUUCAAUACAAUUGCAUGUUGUAUUCUUUGGGCAUCACUUGUUAUAUCAAUAUAAACGACAAUAAACGCAAAGAGAUAUUCGAGUCGGCGAUUGUCGAUACGGGAAUCGCACCGUACACGAUGUUUUUCGAUAGAAUAAAACAAAUGGGCUUCGUAACCGACAACAUACCGAUUAUAAAAGACACGGAUCCGUGUCGCGCCGUCGAAUCUCUGAGGCGUAUGUAUGAUUUUGAAAAAUUAAAUUAUCGCUGUUGCAAGCGUAAGCCAGAGUCGUACGAUAGAUAUUUUGAUGUGAAUUUAAAGGAAAAGGCCGACCGAUAUAUAAACAUGAUCAUCGAAAACGACAAUAAAGAAUACUCGGUGUUCAAUAUGCGAGUAUGGGCUUGUUUUGGAAAUAUGUACGGCAAUUGCAUAGAAGACGGCGUAGUCGUGGAUUCUACGUUUGCAAAGCUGGUGCCCGAUACCGUUUACAACGCGUGCAUCGGCGUCAGUUUCAUUUCGAAAACCAAUAAAAAUAAUUGUAUAUUCGUCCCUAUACGCGAAAAAAAACAAUCUAAAGAUCCGUUCAUUGGUUAUGUCAUUACCGAAGAAGAAAUAUCCAUAAGACACAGUCGUCAUUGUUACAUAUUAAAAGGCGUUAUAGGCAAUCAUUGUUAUUAUUUGAUACAUUUCAAUCCAAAGACAAAUCUUAAGUAUUCGGACUUGAGCGUAGAACACGUCAAACACAACAAGACUUUGAUGGUUUUGAUAAAGGGUAAGCAUUACGGACGUUUCGGUCUCGGUUCCAAAAUCGCAAAUUCUUUUGGACAGAAAAAUAUUAUAAGUAAAAUCGAAGACAUUCGGUCGUGCGAAAAGAUGCACGGUGUGACGCGCGACGGUCGGAAGGUAUUUCCGCAAAUAGUCUAUAGCGACGUGUCGAUCAUCAGCAGAGACCAGAGUAGUCAGUAUGCCGCGGCGUUGCGAUCUCCCGAUCUCGCGUUUGGCCCCAACGGAGAAAUAAUAUUCCCAUUGGACAUUAUAAUACACACGCUUCAUCCUUACACAAACAAUCAUCCGUUCGUCACCAGAUCCGACACGUUCGCCAACUCCAAUGGAUUCGAGACUCAGGGAUUGGCUCAAACGAAUUUUCUACUGCGAAUGAAUAAAAACGUACAGAAACAAGCGUUGAACAUCAUAGGGCUUCAUGGUUUUGAAAUAAUAGACGCUAGCGGAGAAUAUCUAGAGUUUUACAAGCAGAAAGACAAUAAUAUAUUGUCGGAAGAGGCGGAGGUCGUUGUGGUGAAAAAUCGCAACACCGACACUGAAGAAAUCACAAAUAAAGACGACUACGACGACGCCGAUGCCGCUGAUGUUCCUACGAAACGCAAGCUAUACAACGAUCGUAGUAUGUGAGUCUUACGAUUUGUACAAACGCAUCA